CAGCAUGCACGCUGCAGCUCCAAUUAUUUGUAAUGGCGGGUAUUUCUGCAUGUCAUGUGAAUUAUAUUUUUUUGUGUGAAUUAAUUGAAUCGUUCAUUUAGACGUUAGGGGAAAGUCUACUGUGUAUUUUAUCUAAGCUUUGUAGGUAACUUGAAUUGAACGUGUACAUUUAGGAGAAGAAGCGAAAUUAUCAUAGUCAUGCUGUCGCGGCGCACGGUUAGUGUAAGGAAUUGAAACUAAGUAGCCUAUCAAUGGUUCGAAUAUUUGCUGAAAUGCAUGGUUACAGUAGCAAUGUUAGUUUAAUCUAACGCAUACCUACCUACCUCUGGGUGAUCACUCACUGUCGGAAAUGUUAAUUGAGGAUCAAAGAAUGAUACAAUUAUUGAACUGUAUUAGGCUAUAACCUCUAAUAAUUUGAAUCGUAUUUUUUUUUUUAAAUAUUUUUUAAAUUAUAGUAUAUUCUAUCUAUCUGGCUGUCAGAAAUGGCGGUUUUUGUGUUGAGCUCACUGUCAGUGUUUUUGUUAUUGAUAUCAAGUUCAAUUCACACCACGUGUGCCUCAAAGUUGAAUAUCCCCAAAGUUUUAUUACCACUUGCCCGAAGCACUAGAAUAAACUUCACACUGGAGGCAACUGAAGGCUGUUACAGAUGGUCUUCCACCAGACCGGAGGUGGCCAGCAUCGAGGCUGUGGAAGUUGACGUCAGCAGACUGUGUUCCCAGAGAGCCGUCCUCCAGGCCCGCUCCACCCAGCCUUCCAGACUCACCAGCAUCAUACUGGCUGAGGAUGUCGUAACGGGACAGGUACUGCGCUGUGAUGCCAUCGUGGACAUCAUCAGUGAGAUCCAGAUAGUGUCCACCACCAGAGAGCUGCACCUGGAGGACUCACCACUGGAACUGAAGAUCCACGCACUGGACUCUGAGGGAAACACCUUCAGCACUCUAGCAAGCCUGGUGUUUGACUGGACCAUUGUGAAAGAUGCAGACAUGGAUGGAUUCCUUGACUCCUACAACUCAUUAAGGGUUCUUAAAUUCUCUGAGUCUACGUACACCCCCCCUGGUUACAUCUCUGAGAUGGAGAGAGUGGGGAAACAGGGAGAUAUCAUCUUGGUGUCAGGACUGAAAACGGGCCACGCUAAGCUCAAGGCCAAAAUCCAAGAAUCUCUCUAUAAGGAUGUGGGUGCAGCAGAGGUGAAACUGCUGAUUCUGGAGAACAUCCUACUGAGCCCUGCACAUGAUGUCUACCUGCUGGUGGGCACAUCCAUCCAAUACAAGGUCCAGAAGAUUAGACAGGGAAAGAUCACAGAGUUAUCCAUGCCCUGUGACCAGUAUGAGCUGCACCUCCAGAACAGUGUGGCUGGGCCUGAUGGAAACCAAGAGCUGGCCGUGGCUAGUCUGGACCAGAGCACCUCCACGGUCAAUGGCCUGCAUCUGGGACAUAUCAACGUGGUGCUGGACCAUAAGAGCCUUCGCAUGCAAGGGGUGUCUCGUCUGCCAAACGGGACUCUGUAUUUGGUGGAACCAGGAUACUUAGGAUUUAAGAUUAAUCCUGGAGAGAGCUGGGUCCUGGAAACAGGACGAGUGUAUAAUAUCCUCAUUGAAGUGUUUGACAAGUCAAGCAAUAGGAUUUACCUAUCUGAUAACAUUCGGAUCGAAGCUGCCUUCCCAGAGGAGUACUUUGAGAUUCUGGAGUCCUCCCUGAAUGGGUCCUACCACCGUGUCAAGGCUUUGAAAAACGGGCUAACACUAAUUGAAGCUGUGCUCAAAUCUGUGGUGGAUCAAAAUGGAAGAGUCCAUGAGCUGGCCAACACAGUCCAUAAUGAACAGGAUGUAGAAAUGUACAAUCCCAUAGUCCUCAGUCCCAGUAUCCUCACGUUUCCAUGGCAGCCUAAGGUUGGAGCCUACCAGUACACAAUACAGGCAGCAGGAGGCAGUGGGAAUUUCAGCUGGUCCUCCUCUAACCUAGCCGUUGCCACAGUGACAGUCAAAGGAGUGAUGACGACCGUCAGUGACAUCGGCGUCAGUGUGGUGUACGCCCAUGAUGUACGCAACCCAAUGCACUAUGGCGCAAUGAAGGUGUAUGUGGUAGAGCCGGUGGGGAUGGACUUCUCUCCUUGCCCGGUGGAGGCCCGUGUGGGGCUGGUGCUGGAGCUGCCCCUCCGGAUCUUUGGCUUGCUAGGGGAGGGGGGAAAGUGGGGAGUGGAGCAGCGGGUGAUGCUGAGUGACUGCAGUCACUUUGACCUGCAGGUGGAGGAGGAGACACAGGGAGUGUUCCAGCUGCUGGAGGGUAGGCUGGCUCCAGGGCAGGACCACUGCAGUGGGGUACGGGCCCAGGCUCUUGCCCCAGGAUACACAACCCUGACGGUCAGCUACACCCACGGCAAUGUCCACCUCAGCACCAAGAUCACCAUUGCUGCCUACCCACCACUCAGAGCUGUGGACCCUGCCUCUGUUGCCUUGGUGACCCUGGGCUCCUCUAAGGACAUGCUUUUUGAGGGCGGACCCAAGCCCUGGGUCCUAGAACCCUCCAAGUUCUUCCGGAACCUAAAGGCUGAGGAUGAGAACAGUGUUAGCCUGGCUCUGACUGGGCCCACCUCCCGCAGCUACCUCCGACACUGGGUCCGAGCAACCUGUAGAGCCCUGGGAGAACAGGUGUUGGCACUUACUGUGGGGAACCAGCCUAGUUUGACCAAUCCCUAUCCUGCGGUGGAGCCAGCAGUGGUGAUGUUCGUGUGCGCCCCUCCCUCUCGCCUCACCUUGGUCCCUGUGUACACAAGUCCCCAACUGGACCUUACCUGCCCUCUGCUGCAGCAGAACAAACAACUGGUGCCUGUCUCAAACUACCGCAACCCUGUGCUGGACCUGGCUGCCUUUGACCAGCAAGGCAGGAAGUUUGACAACUUCAGCUCUCUGAGUAUCGUCUGGGAGUCGACCAAGGUGUCCCUGGCCAGUAUCGAACCCACCAUGCCUAUGAAGCUGGAAUUACUGCAGGACAGCAACAAACAGAAGAAACUUCAUGGUCGUCAGACGGUCCUUGUCCACCACCAGUCUGGGACUGCUGCUAUCACAGUAACAGCUCUGAGUUACCAGGUCCCCCACCUCAAGGCUGCUAAGGUUCUCAGUCCGUUUGACCCUCUGACUCCUGUCUCAGCCACUCUGGAACUCCUAUUGGUGGAAGAUGUAACCGUCAGUCCUGAAGCUGUCACCAUAUACAACCACCCUGACGUGCGGGCUGACCUAGCCCUGAGGGAGGGCUCUGGGUAUUUCUUUGUCAACACCAGUGUUGGAGGGAUAGCAGAUGUGGUGUACCAGGAGGCCCAGGGAUCUGCUGAGGUGGUUCCAGUCCAGCCGGGGACAGUGCAGGUGAUGGUUCAUGACCUCUGCCUGGCCUUCCCAGCCCCUGCUACAGCUACGGUCCACAUCUCAGACAUACUGGAGGUUUAUGUCCGAGUGGUUGACAAGGUGGAGAUUGGUAAAUCUGUGAAAGCCCAUGUCAGGGUUCUGGAUGACAACAAGAAGCCCUUUUUGGCCAAAUAUUUCCGCUUUUUGAAUCUGAAACUCAGUGCAGCGUCCGGUAUCAUCUCUCUGCAAGCACUUUCAGAUCCCUCAGAGAAGGACACGGCAAUCUUCCUGGUCAAAGGCUUAGCAAUUGGACAGACCAGCGUGUCUGCUAUGCUAGUAGACAAAACUGGAAGGAAGAUUGCGUCUGCUCCUCAGCAAAUAGAGGUGUUCCCACCAUUCAAACUGAUCCCCAGGAAAAUGACUCUGAUAAUCGGAGCCAUGAUGCAGAUCACAUCCGAGGGCGGCCCACAGCCCCAGUCCAACAUCCUCUUCUCCAUGGCCAAUGAGGAGAUGGCAUCUGUUAACGACAUAGGUCAUGUCAGGGGCAUUGCCAUUGGCAACGUCACGGUUACAGGACUGGUUCAAGCUGUCGAUGCCGAGACUGGGAAGCUUGUUGUUGUCUCUCAGGAUCAAGUAGAGGUUGAAGUUGUGCAAUUGAGGGCCAUUCGCAUCCGGGCCCCUAUCACCAGAAUGAAGACUGGGACACAGAUGCCUGUGUAUGUGAUAGGGCUCACCAGCAGUCAGACCCCCUUCUCCUUUGGCAACACCCUGCCUGGCCUCACCUUCCAUUGGUUCACCACCAAGAGAGACAUCCUGGAACUCCAAUCACGACAUGCCGAGGCCUCUUUCCAGCUCCAGUCAGAGCAUAACUUUGCUAUGAGCGUAACAGGGAAGACUAAAGGAAGGACAGGGCUGAAGGUGGUGCUCAAAGUCACCGACCCAAAGGCUGGACAACUGGAGAGGAAGCUACUAGAGCUCAGUGAUGAACUCCAGAUCCAGGUUUAUGACAAGCUGCACAUGCUUAAUCCAGCUGUGGAGGCUGAGGAGAUACUGAUGGCUCCCAACUCUGGGCUCAUACUCCAGACUAACCGGGACGGUGUGGUUUCUCUGUCCUACCGAGUGCUGGACUGUCCUGACCAGGCUACCAUUGUCCAGGUGGAUGAGAAGGGCCUCUUGUCCUCCGGCUCGCUCACUGGCUCCUCCUCCCUGCUGGUGACCUCACAGGAAACAUUCGGUGUCAAUCAAACCCUGGUCCUCGCAGUGAAGGUGGCCCCUGUGUCGUACCUGCGUUUCAGCACCAGUCCAGUUAUCCACAACCCUUCCAGGGACAGCCUGUCUGCUAUUCCUCUGGGCAUGGUGCUUACUUUCACUGUUCACCUCCAUGCUAACACUGGAGAGGUCCUUCACAGCCACAACUCUCUGCUCACAUUCACCACCAACAGGGAUGACCUGGUGCAGAUGGGCCGGGGCCCGGGUAACAACACCCUGACGGUGCGGACGGUCAACGUGGGCCUCACCCUGCUGGCCGUGUGGGACGAGGAGCAGGCAGGCAUGGCUGACUACCUGGCGCUGCCCGUUCAGCACGCCAUCCACCCCGAGGACGCCACAAGGCUGGUGGUGGGAGAUGUGGUCUGCCUCAGCGCCCAACUCCUCAGCCCCCAAGGUGUCCCGGGUACCUGGAGUUCCUCAUCCACUGGCGUGCUGCAGAUAGACUCUAAAAUGGGCGUGGCCGUGGCAAGAGAUGCGGGCACCACCACUGUCUACUAUGAGAUCCCUGGGCUGCUGAAGACUUACAGAGAGGUGGUGGUGGAGGGGGCCACCAGGACAGCGGUGAUGGCUCACCCUGCAGCGGUGAGGGGAGACAGGGACACCAGGAUACUGCUCACCACCAGAGAGACGGGAACCAACCUCAUAGGCUCCUGCUCCUCUGCCCAGACCGCUUCCAUCGCGCUGCUGCACCCAGAGACCUCCGUCAGCUGCCAUCUGAGCUUCACCAGCGACGCCGUCGAGUUCUCCGCCCAUGACGUCUACCUCACACACAUCAGCUUCGACCCCAGCACCGGCUUCUACUCCUGCUCUCUGACCCUGCAGUCUCUGAGUGACCAGCAGACACGGGUGCUGAGCCUGUCCAUGACCAGCCUGUUGGUGAGGGCUGGGGUGGAAGGCAGUGCCUUCUCUGGGGAGCAGGUCAGUGUCAGGCUGCCCGUGGAGACAGGCCUGUAUUCUGACCAGACAGAGCUGCUGCUCAGCAACCUGCAGCCCGACGCAGAGCUCACUGUCUACGGCCCUACCGCAGCACUCGGCAGCCUGGAGGUGUCGUCCAGCUCUCCGUCCAUCUCGGUCCAGGAGAGAGAAGUGUUCCACGGCUUCCCCAGUUACUCUAAGUACACGGUCAGUGUGGUGGACCCCCAGACUGCAGCCUCAGCCUCCGUGUCCAUAACCAGCUCAUCCACUGGCCAGCUCCUCGUCAUCCCAGUCACCCUCAUCCACGUGACUGAUCCCAGCACCACAAUGCAAGCUGCUGCUUCCGUGGUUGCCAUGGAGGGAACCCAUUUCCUGCAGGCCUUCAUAGACUCUUACCAGAUGAUGUUCUUCACCAUCUUCGCGCUACUGGCUGGCACCGCCAUCAUCAUCAUCGUGUGCCAUGCACUGUUCUCUCAGAGGGACUUAGCACCUCACCCAGCCUUCAUUCAGAGGACACCGUCCCCUUCAGGUUUUGCCUCACCCGUCUCAAACUCCUUCACCAACAACAUGACCUCCCCGGACACAAGGAGCAGCCACAAACUACGACUCUUCUCCCCAGACUACAACUCCCGGUAGGGAUCCCUACAGUACCUACCCCAGCUUCUGACAACACCCCAGGCCUGGACUCUACAUGGGAUUGGGCAGUUGUCACUCAGAGGAGAAUGGCAGAGAAUCUUACUGCUUAAUUCGGUCAUAUGUACAGUAUUCAAAAGUAUGUGAAGUUUGUUUUAAAAAGGGGCAAACUCUUACAAAGUUGCAUUUUCAUUUAGUCAUGCAUUGAUGUCAAUGUGAGACUAAGUGAAUGUUUGACUUACAUGGAAGUUAUGAUUUGCCCCAAAAUGUGCACUUCAAUUAGGACUGAAAACCGACUUUAAGCAAUAUGAAGUCAACAGGGCUAUCUUUGUGUGUGCGCGUGUUCUCAAUUGGGUAAAAGUCGUCCUCUCCUCGACGACUCCUCUCCAACAUGACUCGGAAACCGAUAAGUGGUCGCCAUAUGUAGGAGAGUGUAAAUUCGUGAACUGAGAAGUUUGCUUGUCUCCUUGAUACGCUACUUAUCUGUUAUCUAUAACAUGUCUGGCACAACCAGCAACAUUGAUUUUUACCACAUAACACAUAUUUUGGUAUUCCUCCUCUGCACAUGUAAUUUGCCUUUUGAUGCGGAAGUGGAGAAGUCUCAUUUCAUACAAGCACGUUUGUUUGCAUGUUUCCUGGAGUACCUUUAACCAUUUUCAAAAAGAGGAGAGGAUGGAGGAAAGGAUGCUAGGAGUCAAGCAAUACCAAUUGAAAAUCUCCCUGUGUGUGUAUGUGAAGCACAGCACAAACCAUCCCUGCAACAAGAUUUGUUGGUCACGGAUUGGCCUGAUCAGCCAUCUCCGGACUCAUGACCAGUCAGACCAUGUGUGAAUCAUGGUGUGUGUUUUUGUGUGUGAAGCAUGGUACAUUAAACUAGUUUGCUUUUUUGUUUUUGUACUCUGUUUUCAGUAUUUGUAGUUAUACCGUGUUAUGUUUGAUUUCAUACCAGUACUUAACCGUUGCAGCCUCUUAAAAUGAACUAAUUUAUACUCCAAUUUUGCUUUUCACAUUUAAUAGUUUUGCUUUUCAAAAAUGUACUUCUAAGCUUGAAGAUAUGUGUUGUUGAUCAAGAAUUGUUGCUUUGAAACUCAGGAAUUUGACAAACUACUCUCCUGGGUAGCCUAGUUGUCUGCAGCAAAUGAUAACAUGAAGAUGCUGAUUUCAGGUUAUGUUUAAAUGUUAUUUUGGGGAAAUGUAGCAUAUUGAUUUUGUGAAGUAUAACCACUGAAUCCGUCCAUUUUGUUAGUGUGCAUAUUAAGGACACAUCACCUAUGUUCAAAAGCAGGAUAUGGUCAGUCAGUGUGUUCACUUUGACAUUCUUGUUUUGAAACUUGGUUGUAUUUAACCAUUUUUAAAUGCUUUGGUCAGUACAGUGCUUAUUGAGCCUAAAGACAGGCAGCUCUUCUGUCAAUCACCAAUGUGAAAUAGUUUGGAAAUGUGAACCAUCUUUCAGUUUUUCAUUAUAUACCGAACAAAAAUAUAAACACAACAUGCAACAAUUUCAAAGAUUCUACUGAGUUACAGUUCACGUCAGGAGAUCAGUCAAAAUAAAUACAUUCAUUAGGCCCUAAUCUAUGGAUUUCACAUGACUGGGAAUACAGACAUGCAUCUGUCAGUCAAAGAUGCAUUACAAAAAAUGGGCCUCACAAUGGGCCUCAGGAUCUCGUCCCGGUAUUUCUGUGCGCUCAAAUUGCCAUCGAUAAAAUGCAGCUUAUGCCUGCCCAUACCAUAACCUCACCGCCACCAUGGGCACUCUGUCCACAACGUUCACAUCAGCAAACAGCUCGCCCACAAGAAGCCAUACACGUGGUCUGUGGUUGUGAGGCCGGUUGGACGUACCAAAUUCUCUAAAACGAUGUUGGAAGCAGUUUAUGGUAGAGAAAUGAACAUUCAAUUCUCUGGCAACAGCUCUGGUGGACAUUCCUGCAGUCCGCAUGCCAAUUGCAUGCUCCCUCAACUUGAGAUAUCUGUGGCAUUGUGUUGCGUGACAACUGCACAUUUUGAAGUGGCCUUUUAUUGUCCCAAGCACACGGUGCACCUGUGUAACGAUCAUGCUGUUUAAUCAGCGUCUUGAUAUGCCACACCUGUCAGGUGGAUGGAUUAUCUUGGCAAAGGAGAAAUGCUCACUUACAGGGAUGUAAAACAAACGUGUACAUUUUGAGAGAGGAAAGCUUUUUGUACAUAUGGAACAUUUCUGGGAUCUUUUAUUUCAGCUCAUGAAACAUGGGACCAACCACUUUACAUGUUGCGUUUAUAUAUUUGUUCAGUGUACAAUCCCUUCAGUAUCUUAGAAACCGAAGUGAACUAGCAAUGUUGUAAAUUACUAAUGUAUUACGAGGCAUAUGUUCAUGUACUGUAUGUAUGCGCCGAAGGCCUUGAAGCAAGCUCUGAAAAGUUAUUAUUGAGGCCUAUUAAGACUGCACUGCAAUUUUUGGAAGAAUAAUCACUAUUUUGGUAUUUGGAGAAAGAAAGCUGUGACGCUUUCAAGGUGAUUUAUGUUGAAUGCUUUCAGUUUUAAUGUGCAGACAGUCUAUUCCCCUGCUUUCCUUGUGUUUUAAGCGUCUUGCCUUACUCAUCUCUCAGCAGUGCUAUGCAGCAAAGUGGAAAUACUAGAAUUACCGUCCGGCUUGAGUGUUUGUGAGAUCAUUGCUGAAUAAUAAACAUUUUACUUUUCAAAUGUCA